AUGGGGCCAUUGGCAUAUAUCUCCAUUGGAUGGGAGGCCGUGCCAUACAAGAGCCCUGACGCAGUGACCUUUAUGGUCAUGCAGGCCAUCAUUGGUAAGUACAAGAAGAACACUGGCCUGGUGCCGGGCACCAUUUCAGGGAACCGCACCAUCAAUGCGGUGGCCAACAAAAUGGGCGUGGGAUGUGCCGAGGAAUAUGAAACCAUCAUGCAUUUCUACAAGGAUACUGGUGUGUUUGGCUUCUACACCGUUUGUGAUGAGGUGGCGGUGGAGCACGCCGUUGGUGAGUUGAUGUUCGGCAUCAACCUGCUCUCCUUCUCCGUGACGGACGAGGAGGUGCCAACGGGAAGAACACGCGCGAGGGGCAAAAAGAAGAAUGGGUUUUCGGGUUCAGGGGUUUGGCCUGGAGGUCGGGCCAAUAGCGUGUUGUUUUCAGAAACGCGACCAGUUUGCUUAAUUAGACACGACUAG